GAGAGGGGUAAGAGGCUCAAGGCUCCUCCCUGAGAGUUUGUGAAAACAUUCCAGCAAAGUGAGAGCGGUCAAAGAAUUGGAAACUCUCAGAGCGGCCUCUUACUCUCGCUGUCCUUCUCACCUUUUUGCAUGUGUGGUUACAGUCCAGUCCUCUACAGCGCGAUGCACGGAGGUUUUGUGACGCUCUGAGGACAGUUCCGCAGAGGAUCACAUCAAAGAGAGAAACCUGAGGAAUCCUCUUAAAUCUGGACAAAGAAGCUCAGCUGUCUCAUUGAUCUGCUCACAAUGAAGCCGCUGUUUGUCCUCCUCAUUUCCAUCGCCUGGACUUUCACCGGGGCUCAGCAUUACUACCAGGGGCUGAUGGAUUAUCUGGAGAACCGAUUGUUGGCUAUUGAGGAUCGCAUGCAGUUGUGGCAUGAUCUGUCCCAGCGGUACCACACAGAGAUGAAAGAUUUCAAAAAACUAACCACUGAGGCCAUGGAUGGACUCAGGAAUGAUCACAGCACGUUGUUCAAAGACCUGGAAGGAGCUGGCGUCCGAGUGGACCGGGUGGAGCGAGAGAUGGACUAUGUUGAGGCCCAGACCUCCCCUCGGGCCUGUGCACUCAAGACAGAGAAGGUGGUGGAGCAGGAGGCCUGGGGGCUGCAGGAGAGCAGGGUAGAGGAAGAGGAUGAAGAGGAGUGGGAAGAACUGCUCUCCAGAGUGUCUGACUGUGUGGAAAUCAUCUCUGGCAUCAGAUCAGUGAAGAUCCUGAAAAGAGUGGGCAGCCCCAAGGGCAUGUGGACCAGAGACCCCAGGUCGUCCAAGGUUUACGUCUUUAACGGGACGUCAGGAGACACUAUCUACCAGUUUGACUCUGUCCGGGACUUUUCUCGCUCUCUGGGGGUCACCAGCAGCAGAAACAUCAGGCUUCCCUCUGACUGGAGCGGCCCUGGCAGUGCUGUUUAUAACGGCUUUUUGUACUACAUACAGCAGGACUCUGAUAUGGACGUGCAGGUGGUCAGAUACGACCUUCUGACCGGCUCUGUGACAGACAUGACCAUGUUCCCGGUGGAGAGCCAUGCUUCUGUUUACAGCCUCAAUCCAGAGACUGUAGCAGACCUCGCAGCAGACGAUGAGGGUCUCUGGCUCCUGUACGCCCCCAGUGACAGUGAACCAAACAUCAGCCUGGCAAAGAUGGACGCUGCCACCCUUGAUAUAGAGCAAAUCUGGGACACCCGGUGCCCGAGGGAGAAUGCGGAGGCGGCUUUUGUGGUGUGCGGGACUGUAUAUGUGGUUUAUAACACCCAUCUGGCCAGCCGCUCCAGGGUUCAGUGUGUGUUUGACGUCAACGACAUGGUGAUCAGUGAGGAAGCUCCACUGCUGUACUUCCCCAGGAGGUAUGGAGCCCACACUAGUCUGAAAUACAACCCCGAGGAGAAGCAGCUUUACGGCUGGGAUGAUGGAUAUCAAAUCAUUUACAGACUGACCAUGAAGAGGAAGCUCCUGGCUUGAUAGCUGAGGAGGGGUGUUAUGUUUUCAAAGGCAAGGAUUAAAAAACAGAGCAGUGAAUGUGCACAUGUUGUCCACCUUUUACCUGAUCUCAUGAGCCCCUGUCUGGUUUUGAGUUUUUUGCUUCACUGAACUGGCAUCUGCAAUGGCUAGUCAUAUAACAUGCCUGACUUCAGAUGUUUAAUGUGAACAAACUACACUGCAAAAAGAACAUUUUAAUUUUUUUUUAGAACAAAUCAAUUCUUCAAUUACAAAUAAUAAAUCAAAGAAAAAAUAUUCAGAUACAUGUUAAUCAUAAAAGAACUAACAGGCCAAAAUUGUACAUGAUGUCCACAUCAAAAAUCUAUAGCUUUACAAAUGAUAAUUUGCUCCUUUGCAAUGUUUAAGGAUAAAAUUACACUGGUUUACUAUGUUAAUCAGCAAAAAAAAUGCUUUUACAGGUAUUUUUCCAUAAUUUGAAAGACAAAUAGUGUAUUUUAGGUAUCAUGGAAUACUGGGAGAAUCCGAGCAGAGAGUACAACAAUCUGGCGGGUGCAGACAAGUUUUAUUUCACAGAGAGGUUGUGGGAGGGGAGCAGGCGAACCAAGGGCACCGUGUGCUGAGGAAUCCGGGAGGAAGGCAGAGGUAGCAGGUGGGAACGGGGAAGCGGCCGAACACUCCGGUGAAGCAGAAGGGGAGCCAGGAAGGAAGGUCACAGGGGGAAACCGAGGGGGCGAAAUGUCGGCAGCGUUCAGGCGGGGGAUCCGGGGCUUGCAGGGAAUCGGGCAGGACGGGCAGAGAGUCUGGACAGCUGGUUCCGCUGGACAGAGGGGAGCAGAGAAAAUGUAUUAGUUAAGGCGUUAAGAUACUGGGUACAAAUUACGGCUGGAGAGCAAACUGACGAUAAGGUCAUGUUUAACAAUCCGGUGGCAAGUGGAGGGAUGAACCGGUCUUUUAUGGUUGCAGGUGAAAUCACAGGAAUGAGUUCCAGCUGUCCAGGCUCCAGGGAAACGGCAGAUUGCCUGAGUGGAUGCAGCCGUGUGGCUACCCACCACUCAGCGCAUCGCUGGAGGGAAAGAGGGAGAGAGGGGAAGAGUGAGAGAAGGAGAAAGGGGAAAGACAGAUGGAAAAAGGAUUUGGGGAUGUCAGGUGGGGGAGGAACGGGGGCGAGGGGGAGCCCUGACAUUAGGAACUGAAAAAUAAAUUUUCAACUGUGUUAAGUUUCACCUCCUUCCUUGUCUCAGACAAAUUAAAUAAACUAAGGUUGUUCACGGGUGAAACUAACAAUAAACUGCACAAACUAACAGAAAACGGGGUUCUGUGGUCUAAAAGGGAUAGGGUAUGGCUAAAUACCACUAUCUCCCACUAAAUCUACCAAAGGUGGUAGAAAAAAACAAACUAAAACCCCUUAAAAGAAAAAACAUUCCUCAAAACAAAAGGAAGGAAGUGCUGGGUUCUGGGCAAUAAUGAUGCAAAGAUACUGAGUUUUCUGGAAAGAAGGCUGACUGAUGAUGUCAAACCUUCCAGAUCGCCUACCCACAACCAACUGAGCAGUUGGGAGAUCCCUCCUAAUAUCCCCGCCCAGAUGACUGUCAACAGCACACAGCUGAGCUCAAUCACACAGGUGCAGGAGAUUGAGCCUGAUCUGAGAGCCAGACUGUGAACUUUCCAAAUCCAUAACAACUGUUAUUUUACAGAUUUCCCCCUUCUUCCUAAAUUACAUUAUUAUCUAGUUGAAUCGGCAAAACUAUUGCACACAGUAAAACUGACUGUAAAAGAGAAAUAAUUGUAUUUUGUUCUUUUUAGAUAAUAAUUUUCCAUAUAUUUGCAGUUGUUUUCAUUGACACUACAGUAUUCUGCUGCAGUAUUCUCUGAUUAACAGUUUUUUUUUCUUUCUUUUUGGCACUUUGGCUUUCACAUUUCUUUCUUUUUCUCACCUGAUAAUCUUACUCAAAAUAUCUUCAAGCGUAUCUCCUUGUAGGUUUUUCACCUCACAAAUCACAGCAGACUUGUUGCACUUAACAGCAACAUUUCACAUCUUGUUGUCCAGUGUCUCUAGUGCUUAUGGCAUCAAAGAAAAACUAGAAGGAAAUCAGAAUCCAUUUGGUACCAAGUAUCACUUCUCGCAACCACCCUAGAGAUCACACCUCUGAAAGUGACCUAAACAAGUCAGCAGUAGUAAAUACGCUAAGAAACGUUUUUGCUGUGUAAGCAUUGAUAAGCCUCUGAAAUUCUGAGAUUGCUCUUAGCAAGAAGAAGAAGACGAGCAAGAAAACAAUGCAGCAGCCAAAUAUGCUGCAGUAUGUUAUGUGAAGCCACUUCUCCAGGUCACCUUGCUAGAAGAAGGCAGAGGUAUGAUGACAUUACUCCUUUUAGGUUGUGACAUGCUGUUUUCCCGUAUUAGCGGAGUGAAGGGAAUAGCUAAAGGCACUUUGUUUUGGGGUUUUAUGAAUAGGCCCAUGACUCCUAUGCACAAAGUGGGUAUUAAAGUGUUUUAUAGCUUUGCACUCAAAUCAUAGCCUGUAUACUUAACACACAUCACUCAUCACAAAUGUUUAAGCAAAUAAAUCAGACGCUGAACUAUUGUGUUUUCAUUUUCAUACAGUAUAUGUGUGAUACACCAAAACAUCCGUCCAUUCUUUAUAUAUACAUUGUUUUAUAGAGAACAAAACAAGCAAAAUACAUGUAAAUGCCAUUCAGUCUAUGAAAA